GGAAAUAUGCAAGACACAUCUAGUCGUUCUGCUGCGAACCAUCUUCUACGUCUGCGGCUUCUACAAGCUGACCAUCGUGCAGAAAGGCGACAUUGAGAAGGAGAAGGACGCGCCGAUCUACAUCUUUGCGCCGCACACCUCGCUCUUUGACGUCCUCGCCGGUGUCGCCUUCAAUGCGCCCUCCUCAGUGGCCAAGGCGGACAUUAUUGAUAUUCCACUCUUUGGAAACAUCUUCAAGCUCUCCGACCCGGUCCUGGUGGAGCGCGACUCUGCCAACUCUCGCCAGGAUGUGUUCAAGAAGGUGGCGGAGGCGAUCAAGUACUCGAAGAUUGUCUUCUUCCCCGAGGGCACGUGCAGCAACCACCGCGUGCUGCUGCAGUUCAAGAAUGGCGCCUUCAAGUUCGGCUACCCAGUCAUUCCGGUGGCGAUUCGCUUCAACCAGUUCGGCGGCCCGGACACGCUCAGCUGGACCUGGGACGGCCCCAGCACGCUGGCCAGCAUCUGGCUGACACUGGCCCGCUGGCGGACGGACAUUGAGGUGACGAAGCUGCCGGUGUACUACCCCAGCGAGGCGGAGAAGGCCGACCCCGAUCUGUACGCGAGAAACGUCACCCAGGUGCUGGUCAAGGAGCUGCAGGUGCCCUGUCUCUUCUACUCAUUCGACGAUGCUCGCUACCUCAAGUACAAAUUUUUCCGCUCAUCUGCCUGUGUCAAGUUUCUCAAGCUGUGCGACAAGAUUCGCCAGAUGCGGCAGCAGAGCACCACCACCGAGUCGACGAAUGGUGGUAACAAUCACAGCACAAUCAAACCAAAUGGCGAUUCAGGUGCAACCUCAAAUGGAAAGGUGAAAACUGGCAAAGCAGCAAGUCAAGCGCGGCCAAAGUCACAUGAGACGCUCUUCACCUCAUUCUUGCACCAGUACAUUGAUGAGAUUGAGCAGAAUUUGAACAAAUAUGAUCUAAACACGCCGCUGGACAGCAAGUUUCUGGUCAAAGUACUGAAUGCAGAGAAUAUUCCUGGCAUUUGUGAUUCCAAUUCGGUCAAGGAGUUUUUGUACUCUGUAGAGAAGCUGAACGAGGGCACUCGAUUGCUUCACCUGAAAAUGGUUCUCUGCUUUACUGAUUUGAGAGUGGAUGAUCUCUGGGAGCGAAUGCGCAACUGCUACGAGGCCAUUGCAGUGCAGGAAAAGGGCAAUAUUUCAUUUGAAACGCUGAAAACUUUACUGUGGUUAGCGCUUAGUUUGGAGGAGGUUGAUUGUGACGAAGAGGUGAAAAACAUUAAGAUUCUUUCAUUUGACGAUUUGAAGAACAUGAUUGUCAACUACUACGAUUUUGCUCUGCGAGAGAACGCCAACUCGAUCAGUCAGGAAGGACUUUCACUGGCUGUCAAAUAG